CUAAAACCCCUGAAUUUCAAUUUUGAAUUAAAUUUGGUCUGUACUCUCUCUUCUCACUGACGGCAAUGAGAAGUGUCGCAAAUUUCGAAAGUUACCGCUUCCCCCCUCUCCCAAAAUUCCUUAGAAUCUCACUGUUGUUCCCUGAGAUGGCUCGUACUAAGCAAACAGCCAGGAAGUCGACCGGAGGCAAGGCGCCGAGGAAGCAGCUUGCCGCUAAGGCUGCUCAUAAAUCAGCAUCGGCUACCGGAGGAGUGAAGAAGCCUCACCGUUUCAGGCUGGGAACUGUGGCUCUAAGAGAGAUCAGGAAGUACCAGAAGAGUACUGAGCUCUUGAUCCGAAAGCUUCCGUUCCAGAGCCUUGUGCGAGAGAUCGUUUAGGAUUUCAAGACCGAUCUCAGGUUCCAGAGCAGUGCAGUCGCUGCUCUCUAGGAAAUAUUAAGGGAUAAUUAUAAGUUGUCCCUCAACUUAGUUCUUGUUUUCAAUUUCUUCCUAAUAUUUUUAUUCGUGCUAAUUAAGACCUUAUUGUUGGCAACUUAUGUUAUAUAUUAUUCCCAAUUAAGGCUAAAGUUCUCA